GCCUCCGCGGAGCAGCCUCCGCUGUCGGCGGUCGCGCGUUCGGCGUCGGGCGGCCUGGAGGGCAGGGGCGAGAUGUUCCUCUCGCAGGUCUGCCGGGCUGUCAAGGUCUUCGUCAGCGCGUACGCGGACAGCCUGCCCGAGCACACGCCGCGCUCGCGCCGCAGCAGCAAGAGCAGCCUGCCGGGCAGCAGGGUCCGCGACGAGCUGCUGGGGUGGCUGCAGCGCCUGGAGCGCGAGGGCUGCAGCCGGGUGCUGCUGGUGCUCGACGGCAUCGAGGACUGGGUGGACAGCGCCGAGGUCCGCGCCGCCAUCGCCGACAUGCUGCAGAGCACCGAGCGCCUGUGCCUCGUGUUCGGGAGCAGGAUCCACGUGCAGAACUCCUUCGCCGGCCUCAAGACGGACAACCUGGAACUCAAGGCCUGCCUGCCGCGGUUCUUGGCUUGGCCUUCCCCAGCUUUCGACGACCUGCGGCCGCAGCCGCGCAUUCCGCGCGCCGUGGCGUGGCCUUUGGCCACGGCGCUGCGAGCUUCACCCUGGCUGGCGGUGAAGGCCGCCGUGGGCCCCAGGCAGCAGUCACGAGAACAGGCACGGAUUGAUAAGAAGCUCUCCCAGCCGCUGUGCCCGCGGGACGCGGCGCAGCUCUUCCUGUACCGGGUGCACCGGGCGCUCUAUUGGAAGGACCUGUGGCCGGCCACCUCUGGCAGCCGCGCGCCCGCCGCGCCCCUGGCGGGCGCCGCGCGCCCCGCCGGCGCCGCCCCGCCCGCCGCGGCGCCGCGCUCCGGCGCUGCAGGCCGUGCCGGCGGCGCGCUGGCCGCGGCGGCGGCGGCCGCCGUGCUCGCGGAGCGGCCGCGGCGAGCACCGCUGGCUGGCCAGCGUCGCUCGGUGGUGGUGCUGCGGAGGCGCUGCGCGGCGGCGGCGGGCGCCGAGGCGGGGGCGCUGAAGGAGGCGCUCUUCGGUGCGCUGAAGUCCAGUGGCCGCGACACGAAAGCCCCCGAGGUGGUUGCCGCGGUGGAGGCGCUGGCGAAGGUUAGCCCCACUGAGGCCGCGGCGAGGUCCGGAGCGUUCUUGGACGGGACCUGGGAGCAGGUGAGCAAGUCGUCCUUCCCUGGCGAGAUCGACGAGGAGGUGUACACCCUGGGCAGGCUGACUUUCAACAUCUACGCGCCAGCGGACAUGCUGUGGAGGAUCGAGCGUACAGUUCAAGAGGUGCGGCCGGUCGAGGAUGCGGAGGAGGGCACCCGGACUUGGGACGCCGUGCUGGACCUCGUGUGUGUGGACGAGAAGUAUCCGAAGUUCAAGGCGAAGCUGCAGACCGUCAGCUUCGUGAAGCCCGACGCGAAGAGGGACGAUCGUCUCGAGGUGUGGUUUACGGGCGGCGUAUUGAAGCCCUCUCCGCAGAUGGACCCGACGCUGCUCCCCGAGUGGCAGAAGGUCUUCACGAAUUCUUUGAGCCAGCAGAAGAGCAAGGCGACCAUUUUCAGCAAAGUUGGUGAUUGGCUUAUGGGAGCGCUUAUGGGUCUGCGGAAGCCAGACAGUGUGAGUGAUGAUGGUUCGAUGACGUACGAGAUGACAAAGGCGCCCCACGGCCACUCAGAUGUGCUAUACCUGGACGACGAUCUUCGCAUUACGAAAGGCAAUAAGGGUAGCAUCGUGGUGGCUACGAGGUGA